UUCACUUUGUCCUUUAUAAAUACCACCUUACCCAAUCCUUCUCUUCAUUCCUUUCAUAAAAAAAAUGAUCACUUCUUUAAAACAAAAAUAUAAGAGAGAAGAAAAUUAAAAUUAGACUCCAUAGACACAAGUAUGGGAAACAAGACUUUUUCUAUUGACCUUAACACAAACCCCUUGUUGCACAACAUCAAUAGAAGUCUGAUACCGCAUGAGACGUUGGAUGAAGAAUUGAUUAGGAUAAGAGAGGAGAACAAGAAACUAGCAACAAUGCUAACAACUUUGUGUGAGAACUACAAUUCUUUGCAAACUCAUAUAAUUGAGUUGCAACAAAAAUACUCCACUCAUAAUGAAGAGGACAAUUCCAAAUUGUUAUUGUCAAGGAAAAGAAAGGCUGAAGAAGAGUGUUGUGUGAAUAAUUUUGAAGAAGCAUCACCAAAGAGGCCAAGGGAAAUCACAACCAAUAUUUCAACUGUUUGUGUUAAAACUAAUCCCUCCGAUCAAACCUCAGUGGUGAAAGAUGGAUAUAACUGGAGAAAAUAUGGUCAAAAAGUGACUAGAGAUAACCCUUCUCCAAGAGCAUACUAUAAGUGUUCAUUUGCACCAACAUGCCCAGUCAAGAAAAAGGUACAAAGAAGUGUUAAAGAUCCAUCAAUUUUAGUAGCUACAUAUGAGGGAGAGCACAACCAUCCUCAACCAUCCCAAGCUGAAAUAAAGAUGCCAUUAGUUAACCAAGAUGUUAUAACAGAUCCAAAAAUUUUGAACAAAUUCAUGGAAGACAUCAACACAAAUUCACUGCAGCAACAUUUAGUCGAAAAAAUGGCGUCUUCCUUAUCCAAGAAUCCUAGUUUCGCAGCUACAGUUGCUACAGCCAUCUCAGGAUUACUUUUUUGAAUAUGAUUUAGCUUUCAAAUGAUGCAAAAAUUACAGUUACUCAAAUGGUUUAUGUUGAGAGGAUAAAAUGGUCAUUGUACUAUUGGAGGUUAAUUAGUUAGUAAAUAAAUUAACAUACUAGUUGUAGUUUUUAGUUAGCUGUUGAGAUUUAGUUACAUACUGUAUUCAUGUAUAGAAAAAUCACGCGGUAUGUACUUUGUUUUUGCUCUCUUGGUAUUUCUUUUGUAAGUUAAUUUUAAGAAUUUAACUUGGUAUGAGAGUCAAUCUUCUUGAUUUAA